UACGUCUAGUCUCUGACUCUCUGUACUCUGUAACGGGCACUGUACCGUCCUCUUGGCUCUUGCACCUUUCAACUACAUCUAAUCUUUCACCAGUGAAUAAAUAUGGUCGUCAUUGGCAUUCCUUCAACGUCCCAAGCUAAUAUAAUUUUUCACAUAUUAAUCAUUUAACUGACAAUUAUGUUUUUAAUGUUUCCUCGUGGCUCUCGUGGAAGCAUUAUUGUGCCUUCAGUUCGUUCAAUCUUGUUUAGCUUUCAGUCUCUCAUUGCACCUGGUCAUCUUAGCUUGCAUAUAAAUAUGGCCAUCAUGCAUUAUUAUGUUCUCCGCCAACUUCUCAAAGUUAAUAAUAUCAUUAACAUUCUCAUUCAUUCACACAUUAAAGAGCCAAGCUAUAAAGGAAGGCUAACGCGGAAUAAUAAUGCCUUCAAUCAUUGUUGGAGAUGAUAAACCCUAUUCUUUGAGCCUCAAUCCCAUUCUUUCUGCGUCAGGGGUGAAGGGCAAACCAGUAGCUUCAUUAUGCCAAGAAAGUGAUGGCAUCCUUGGUUACAUUCAAUCAGUGAUUCACGAGAAACCAGAAACUGAAUCACCAUUUAUGGUUCUUGAUUUAGGGGUGGUGAUGGACCUCAUGGACCACUGGUCCAGAAUGCUUCCAACGGUUCAACCAUUCUAUGCGGUGAAAUGCAACCCUAACCCAUCCCUGCUUGGAACACUGGCAGCACUGGGUUCCAGUUUCGACUGCGCCAGCAAAGCAGAGAUAGAAGCCGUGUUGACCCUUGGCGUCUCGUCGGAUCGAAUCAUCUACGCUAACCCAUGCAAAUCAGCGUCCCACAUUACUUACGCUGCAAGCGUUGGAGUCAACAUCACAACCUUUGACUCUAAAGAAGAGGUAAAAAAGAUUCGAAAAUGGCACCCAAACUGCCAGCUUCUCCUUCGUAUAAAACCGCCACAAGACAGUGGAGCGCGAAACUCCUUGGGUUUAAAAUACGGUGCACUACUGGAGGAAGUUCCAGUGCUACUCCAGGCUGCACAUGAUGCAGGAUUAACUGUCAUCGGAGUUUCCUUCCACAUUGGGAGCGGAGGAGCUGACGCUAAAGCAUAUCACGGAGCCAUUGCUGCUGCGAAGGGUGUGUUAGAAACGGCUUCAAAACUAGGCAUGCCAAAGAUGCACGUGCUCGAUAUUGGUGGCGGUUUCAGUUCUGGCACAGAGUUCGAUGCGGCUGCAAUUCACGUGAACGAUGCUCUUGAAGCCAACUUCGGAAACGAAGAGGGCAUUACGGUAAUUGGCGAGCCUGGCCGUUAUUUUGCUGAAACGGCUUUUACGUUGGCAACAAAAGUAAUCGGGAAGCGCGUGAGAGGAGAGUUGAGAGAGUACUGGAUCAACGACGGGAUUUAUGGAUGUUUGAACUGCAUAAUGUUUGAUUUCGCGCGCGUCACGUGCACGCCACUCAGGUGCAGCUCAAAACAUGACGGGGAGAAUGAGUCCAAAACUUACUCUUCAACUGUGUUUGGACCAACAUGUGAUUCCUUAGAUACAGUGCUAAGAGAUCACCAGCUUAUGGAGUUGGAAUUGGAAGAUUGGCUUGUUUUCCCUAAAAUGGGGGCGUAUACUAUUUCUUCAGGUACCAACUUCAAUGGGUUUAGCACAUCAGCCAUUCCGACAUACCUUACAUAUUCAGCUACCGUCGUCCAAGAAAAAACUAAUAUGUUCUAAACAACUAUUUAUAUAAUUCGUGCAAAAAAUUUAAGAGAAUUGUCAGAGU